UGAACGAUCCAGAGCUAUCAAAAUAAAGUUCGCAGUGGAAGUUAAGUAAACGUUUGCUGAUUAAAUAAUAAAUAUUUAAACGUUUGUAUUGAACGUUCAAGAAUUGCAAAACAGAAUUCACAUAAAAUGGUUUACAUAACGUUUGCAGCGAACGUUACGCAAACCUAAAUGAACGUUGUGACAACGUUUCUUAAACGUUAAUUGUUAGCUGGGUUGUUUAUAUGCUUACUAGGUUGAGUUCACAAGUUUUUUCUACAGAAACAACUAAUAACUGCAACAAUAUGGUUAGAUUUACAAAAGAACAAAUUGAACUUUGUAAAAAAUAUCCGCUGCUCAUGAAUGUUAUUGGAAAAGGAGCACGUAAAGCUUUAGUCGAAUGUCAGGAACAAUUUUCAUUUCAUAAAUGAAACUGUUCUCACACAGACCAAAAAAAAAGAAUGCUACUUGGAAAACUAACAAGUCAAGGCAAUCGAGAAGCUGCAUUUUUUCGUGCAAUUACAUCAGCUGGCGUUACAGAUGAAAUCAUUCGUGCAUGUAAUAUGGAUAAGUAUUCUGAUGCUUGUCAAUGCGAACAUGUUCCUAAUAAUAUAAACGAAAAAUUAAAAUGGUAUGGAUGCAACGAUAACAUUAAAUUUGGUACAAUGUUUGCGCACAGGUUUUUGGAUGCUAAAGAAAAAGGAGCCGAUGCAAGUGGACUUAUGAACAAACAAAACAACCUUGCAGGUCAAAUGGCAGUGAAACAACUUACGCUCUUGAUUUGCAUUUGUCAUUGUGUUUCUGGGGCGUGCAGCAUGAAAACAUGCCGUCAUUCAAUUUCACCAUUUAAUCAAGUCGGAAAUUUUCUUCAAAAAAAAUAUCAUUCUGCAAUACAUACAUAUUUUGAUCAAAACAAAAAUGAAUUAGUACCUGUGAAUCAUGGCGUUUCAGAGCAUACAAAAUAUGAUCUUGUUUAUUUAGAAACAUCUUUAAACUACUGCAUUAAAAAUAACCAUAAAGGAAUUUUAGGUGUUGCUGGUAGGCAAUGCAAUAAGGCAUCUUAUGGCCCAGAUGGAUGUGACUCAAUGUGUUGUGGAAUGGGUUUUCAUACCAAAAAGGUUACGUCGAAUCGAAUUGUAAUUGUAAAUUUCACUGGUGUUGUAGCGUGAAGUGCGAAAGAUGCAUCUCAAAUGUGAAUUAUUUCUACUGUAGAGACCAAACAAAAAACCAAAAGAAAAAACGAAAAAAUAAAGAGUGAAAAAAGGAGUGAAGAAAUGAGAUAAAGGAAUGCUAUUACAUUUUGUCAAAUAUAAUAUUAGAGUAAUUAUUUAUUCCAGAAAAAGAUUGAGAAACAAAGUAAACAAAUUCGGUCGACGCGUUGCUUCUAAUAUAUGAAAAUAUAUGCAUCAGUAUAAACAAAAAGAAAUUAUGUAGAUCAACGCAUAUAUAUGAGAAAAUCCUUAGUAUAAUUAUUAAUUACGUCAGUAAAAAUAUAUUUAGCUAUUAUUA